AAGGAAUAGUAGUAGUAUAGGACGGCAAACCAAUAAGAAAAACAAUAGUAGAUGGAAACAUAGAACACACAUACACCUUACAUCUCUCUCUCCCUGGCUGAGAAGAUAGUAAUAGUUGUCAAAUCACAAAUGGGGACUUGGAUUCCGUUCCUCCUGAUGCUGUUGCUAACUUGCGCCAGUCUCCCACCAUCGUCAUCGGAUCCAGAGGACGAAGCCUGUCUUUCCAAUCUGAAAGCAUCUCUGCAGGACCCGAACAACAACCUGAGGAACUGGACUAAGACCACCUUCGCCAACGCCUGCAACGGCUUCACCUCCUACCUGCAGGGGGCUACCUGCAACAACGGACGCAUCUACAAGCUCUCCCUCUCAAACCUCUUCCUCAAGGGAUCCAUCUCCCCUUACCUCUCCAACUGCACGAACCUGCAGGCACUCGACCUCUCUUCCAACUCCCUUUCGGGUCCCAUCCCUCCCGAUCUCCAAUUGCUAGUGAACCUCGCCGUUCUUAACCUCUCCUCCAACAGUCUCACAGGCACCAUACCCCCGCAGCUCGCUUACUGUGCCUACCUCAACGUCAUAGAUCUCCACGACAAUCAACUCACGGGCCCCAUCCCUCAGCAGCUGGGCCUCCUCGUAAGACUCUCCGCUUUCGAUGUCUCUAACAAUCGCCUCUCCGGUCCGAUCCCGGCCUCUCUUGGUAAUCGUACGGGGAACUUGCCCAGAUUCAAUGCCAGCUCCUUUGAGGGGAACAAGGACGUCUAUGGCUACCCUUUGCCCCCCUUGAAGACUAAAGGUUUAUCGGUGAUGGCCAUCGUUGGGAUCGGUUUGGGGAGUGGGCUUCUGAGUUUAGUGCUUAGUUUCACCGGCGUCUGUAUUUGGUUACGGGUUACGGAGCAAAGAAUGGCUGCUGAAGAGGGGAAGAUCAGUCAACUUAUGCCCGACUACUGAAAUGAGUAUACAUUGUUGGUAGCCAGAUUUCAUUUCGUUUCAGGUAUGAUUCGAUUCCAUCUAUAUAUGGUCGAUGUGGUCUACCCCCAGUUUCAUCCCAGGCUUCCCAGUUUGAUUGAAUCGAUAUAAGUUUGGCAAAGCAGGAUGUAGGUUAUCUGGGUUCUUCUUCUUCUACUUUUUUUCCUUUCGACUUGGAUGGAAUUUUGGUCUUGUUUGGUUAGUUGUCGGUUAUUUGGAGAUUGGUUUCACUGAUCUCUAUCGGGCAUUUUCUUCUUUCUGGGAAGGAAGGGUUGACCAUUGAAAUAUGGGCAGUAUAUAUAUUUUUUGGCCUGUUUAAGUUAAUUUU